AUGGUGUUGAGCGCGGACGCUGAGAGCGACAUGUCCAAGAACGUGUCAGUGGCUACCGGCGGGAUCGCGGCAACGGGAGGCGGCGGCGGCGCCCCGGCCGGGCCGAAGGCCGACGGCGUGAACGCAAUCCAGGGAAAGCUCGCCGGCAUCCAAAUCGACGGCGGAGUCGCCGGACAGCAGACAAACCCCAACAGCAACAACUAUUUCGGUUACGGGCCCAGCGGCGGGUUGGCGCUCGAUGUCGACGGCGGCGGCGGCGGCGGGGCUCCCACGCAGGGCGUCGCUGCUCCCUCGAGCACCGCCGGGGGCAGCGGCGGCGUAACUGCCGGAGGGGGCGGCGGUGGAAUGGGGGGAAGCCACACCACGGGCGGCACCACAGACGGCAGCGGCGUCAGCAGGAGGUUCGGCGUGCCGAUCGCCAGCAGCUCGAGGACCGCUGGGGCCGGAGGCAACACCCGCGGAGGCGGCGGCGGCGGUGGCGGAGGCGUGUCCGGUCUCACCGGGCCCGGUGUUGCCUUUGGUGACGACCGCAGGAGAGCGGGUGGUGCAGCCGGCGGCGGCGUGGGAGGUCGGCGGGCCGCCGGCGGGAGCGGGAGCGGCAUGGGCGGGGUCGGGCGCGGGAGCGGUGGCAGGGCGUCGGGCGCACGGGGGGGGUACGAGUCGGCGGCCGCGGCCGCGGCGUCCCCUGUGCGGGGACCUGUGGACCACUCUCAGCUUCAGGCGCUAUCGCACAUGGGGUACGGCGGCGGCGGCGGCGGCAACGACACCAUGUCUCCGACCUCCGCCACGGGAAUGGCGGGUCAGGCGCAGCAGCAGCAGCAGCAGCCGGGGUUGUACAGCACGGGGAGCAACGGCAGCAACCACUCCGGGGGCAUGGGGCAACCCGUCGGCUUGAACAUUCACCACGACCCUUCCCAGCAGGCGGCCAUGAUGGGCCAGAUUCAAACCGGCAUGUACUACGGGGCCGCCGCCGGUUACGGGGCGCAGGCUCCGGGGACGCCGGUGCUCGCCCACAUGAGCCACCCGCAGAAUGUGGCGGCGGCCGGCGGCGGCUACCCCAGCUCCCCGGGGCACUCGGCCAGCUACGGCAUGCAGCCGAACCAGCAGAUGGGAGCCAUCGAGAUGCAGCAGGGGAUGCCCAGCGGAUACCCCGUCGGCGCCGGAGGAAUGGUGCACAGCAUGGGGGUCGUCCCUGGAACACCGACACUGCAGUCCAUGCAGUCCCCGUACGGUGGGUAUUGGCCUUCGGGGGACGUGAGCGGCUACAGCGGCAUGUCCACCGGGAUUUCCGCGUACGGAGGAGGCUACGGCGCGAGCGACUCCGGCGUGCGCGACACGGCUUCGACUACCUCCAGCAUCAACAAGACCAGCCACAACCACAGCACCCACCACUACCUCGCUUCGCCGGGGGGAAGCGUGGCUGGGCCCCCGUCGGGACAAAGGGCGGUCGGCGACCAGUACGGCGGCACGAGGCAGCACCAGCACCAGCAGCCGCAGCACCAGCAGCAGCAACAUCAGGCGGCGUACGAUGGCCGGGACUACGGCGGCGGCGUUGACACCGCCCAGAAAAUGAGCCUGAGGCAACGCUCCGCUUCCAUCUCUCUGGCUGCCAUGCCAAGCCGUGCGCGCCCCUCGACGCUCCCGCCGUCCGCCUAA